AUGGAUCGGUUGCUAGCAGAGAGUUAUGAUCGAAUGGUAGAAAGAGACAAAAAAUAUCGGUGUUUUGUGGACGGCGGCUUGGGAAAACGAUCAUUUCUACGCGUAUACGCUAACGAAAUAUAUAACCGAUCCGAACUAUCCUUUUCGGAAUUUGGUGGACAAUCUCUAUUUUCAUUUGUGAAGAGAGAGAUUUCGAAAUUGUUGAAAAGUCGGUGA